GAUCAGAUAGUGGAUACGAUGUAAACAAAAAAUUAAGAUGGAGGUGAACGUUGUGGCGUAAUAUACGAAAUUAUUUAUUGGUGUGAUAUAUUAUGAUAAAGAUCUAGUUAUUGCCUAAAAGAAUUGUAAACAAUUUAAUCGAGAUCUCUAGAUCUAGAUUGCCUAAAAUUAAACAAUAAAUUGUGUCUUUUGACAUACCAUGACUUGCAACUGGAGCAAAUCAGAUUAUUUUGUCCAGCUUUUGGAUAAAAACCAACUUUCUAAUUAUGCCGCUCUGGAAAUGCUGGUAGAUGAUCUUCAUACAGACAAAGAACACACGAUAUCAACAUUUUUAAGCCAUUCAGGGUCAGAAGAUCUAUUAUGGGCUUUAGUUCAACUUUUAGGAAAUAAAACCCAUCGAGUUGCCGGGAAUGCUGCAUACAUUCUAGGAACAUUGGCUGAAUCUGAUCUUGGCUGUCAUCGCAUCCUUUACCUGGCCAAGGGAAGGCACAAAGAAAGCAAGAAAAUUUUGAGUGACCUGACACACAUGUUGACCUUUGACGACCCCGAAAGUGUCAUGAACGCUGCAGGAACUCUGGGAACAUUGGCAGAAAGCGGUGAAGGUCGUGAGUGGAUGUUGUCAGAGCAGUGUCUGGAGGACAUGCUGGAUCAUGUGACCAAUCUUCUCCAUGCGGACAAUCUGUGGACAGCCAGCAAUGCUGCACUUGUUAUUGCCAGGAUGUGUAUUUCAGAGCUGGGUUGCGCACACAUCUUAAAGCAUCGCAACUCACAGAACAUUCUAACUAAACUUAUUCAAGUUUUGGGAGUGGAUGAAGCUGGUCGAGGGAUGAAUGCAGCUUUUGCUAUUGGCAGACUUUGUGACAUGGACAAAGGAAGGGAAAGAUUAAUGGCUCUGACAGAAUGUGAAAAAAUGAUUUCCUCCCUUGCCAAGAUGUUAUGUUGUGAAGAUGCUGGUGCCAGUAAAAAUGCUUGCUUUGCUCUCAGUUGCCUGGCAACCAGCCUAGAUGGCCAUGCACGUCUGCUGGGUAAUGCCUACUCAGAACAGAUCUUGAGAACAUUGUCUCAGCUACUGAGUGCCCCUGAUACAGAGACUGGAUGGUUCGCUGCCAUGACACUUAGAACGUUAGCCAGUCAACCAAAAGGUUGUCAAAGGUUGAGAGCCUCAACCAACGUUUGUGCCGCUCUUAAUAAAGUACACCAACUUACUGAAGUCAGCCAAGACUUAAAAGAGGAAGUUUUGAUAACUUUAGAAAUAUUGAAACCAUUAGAUCCGCCUGAUCCUCCGACUGUCACUGUUUUAGGUCCUACUCUGUGUGAUGUGAGCUGGUCUCCUGUAACUACAAAAAGUGGUUUUGAUGUUCAGUAUCAGCUUUAUGAAGGAAAUCACUGUUGUUACAGGGGCAACAACUGUCAGUUUGAAGUUAACUCCCUUACUCCCAACACAGCUUACACUUUCAAGGUGAAAGCCAUAACAGAAGUUGAUGAAAGUUCCUUUAGUGAGUCAGUGCCAGUGACAACUGAGGAAGAUAUUCCUGAGGCUCCACAGAAUCUCAGAGUUAUUGGAACCACAGCAACACAACUAAAAGUAGCUUGGGAUCCCCCAGAAAAGUUUAAUGGCAUUUCAAAAGGAUAUUACGUUUAUAUAGGUAAAUCUAUGAUAGAACACACAUCAGAGCAGUCUGUUAUUAUUUCUGGUCUAGCUUCCAACACAUCUUUUGACAUUGAGGUAUGUGCAGCCACAUUUAAAGGUAAAGGUCCUAGAGCUUCCUGCACAGGAAAUACGUCAGAAAUGGGAGCUCACUGUCCAGGAAAACCAAAUAUUCAAGUCCUGGGUAGAAAUGAGAUGCAUAUAACGUGGGAUCCUCCUGAAGUCCCUAUGGGAAGAAUCACACGCUACGAUGUAGUGUCUAAUGGAAAAGUUAUUUAUUCUGGCACAGACUUAUCUUUUAGUGCCAGGAAACUGACUCCAGACACUGAGUACACAUUUACUGUCAUUGCUUUAACCAGUGAAGGGAAGUUUGAGAGCAAGUCAGUCAAGAAAAGGACAACUAAAGAUGAAUAUGAAGUAACCAGAACACCACUUUACCAACCUCCAAAAAAAGAAGAGGAACUGCCAAAGCCUGUAGUUAAGAAGAAAAGAAAGUCUGUUGGGGAUGCAAAGUCUGCAAGGUUAAGAAGUGCAAAGACAGCCAAUCCAGUGUCUGCUGACAGGCCUGAAACAGCUGCAGUCAGUGAGAAGCCUCCUUUGCCUAAAAAUGAACCAUUGCAAAAACCCAAAACACCCAAGCAUGAUGCAGUAAGACCUAGAACGUACAAAGACUCAACUCAAACACCUAAACCAGUCACUCCUAUCACGCUGAGUUUUAUUUCAAUUCAAGGUCCAGGCAGUAACUUCAGUGAUUCUCCAAACAAAGGACUUCAUCGGUCCAAAACAUUUUAUGAACAAUCUCAGCCUGUGUUUCAGUUGCAGAGGUCCAAGACAACUAUAAUACCUAACAAACCUUUUACUAAGAAGAUUAUCUCUAGAAAAAAAGAUGGUGAUGGUAGAGCCAGUGGUGAACCUCUGAACCGUGACCUCACUUUAGCUUCAGAUAUGGCUCCAGAAGUGACAGGAAGUCAUUCAUUGUCUUCUGGUCCUCAGGAGGACAUAACUGAACUGUCAAUAUUGCUGCCAACUCAGGACACUUCUAUUUUAGAAAUUCCAGACUUGGACAGAAGAUUAAGUGCGGCAUCAGAUGUUUCAAUAGUUAGUCGGCCUGUUAAUGAUGUGACAUCGUACAGUGCACCAGUCUCAGAGAUGAAGACAAGUGAUACAGACAAUAAUGAUAUGCGACAAAGGCCAACAGAAUCCACUGUGCAGGAAUCUAAUGAUUUAAUUCUUACUGAGGUACAGCCAUUGUUUCAACACAGAACUACUUCCUUUAUCAACAGCAGUAACAGAAAUGUCAAACAAAAGAUAGAUGUCAAUAGUGUGCCUCUCAACAUAGUAGAGACUUCAACUCUCCUGAAAAAGUCACCCAGCUAUCCGACCAGUAAGUUUGUAUCUACACAGAUCAGAUCACCAUCUAACAAGGUUUUGUCCAACGCACUUCACAGAAUGAACACCACAGUGUCACAGUCUAGUCCAGGCAACCAGUUUGCUAAGCAGACGAUACAAAAAUAUGUCCAGAAGUUUGACACAAAUCAACAUAAGGUCAAGGCCCACUGGAAAUUUGUCCAAUCAAAUGUUGGCUCAGAAAUUUACAAACAGAAACAAUUUUUACAUUGA